UUGAACUUGGCCGCUCCUGUCGCCGUUUGUUCUCUCUUUUCCCAGUGUUCUAGUUCUUUUUGCUCGGGGCAAGAAUCUCCCCUUUGCUAGCUUUUCUUUAAUCCAUUCGUUAGAAGACCCUCGUUUUGUUAACACGGCCAAAAACCAGCUGUGUCCUCCCUCUUUGACAACCCUUGUAUCAAGACCACAAUGGCCCACUUCCGGACUCUGUCUCUCUUCCCACUCAGCGUCAUGUACGCCCUAGUCUCAGCCGACGGUAUCGAUUCCAACAUCGGAAAACGUUCUCUCCUCCAGUCGCGCCAAAGCUGCGUAACCCCAGGCUGGAUUCCUGUCUGCGGUGGUGCACUACCCUGCAUCCCGCCCGGUGCAAUAUGCUGCUCGCCCGGGGAGUACUUCGCCAUACCACCCGAAUCCUGUCCGUCCGGCACGCACCCCUACACGACCGCGCCGGGGGGUUCCGUCGUCGCCACCACCACAGCGCCCGCCCUGCCCGCCGUCACUGCAACCGUCGUCGACUACACGUGGUACACGUUUACCGUCACAUGGUACUACUGGUACUACUUUUACACGUACACGGUCAUCGACGCGGCUGCGACCACGGUGCUGGCGUCGACGCAGAUUACGUCCGUUACCGCGGUGUCGGUCACGGCGAGCGACUCGGCCGCCGCCAACGCGUCCGUCGCCGCCUAUACCGUGACCGCGGCGUUCCCGACGCCGACGCAGGCGGUCACGUCUGUUUCGGGGUCACUCGCGGCGACGCCGACGGGCGCGGCUAGUAAUAGCACCAUAGUCAUCAGUCCCUGUUCAGUGGACACGGUGGGCGUAGGCAGCGCCCCGCUGUCGACUUUAGCGGUGUCGACGGCGGCGAGCACGAUUGAGCAGCCGCUUAACAGUACUCUGACGGCCACGAGCGUGCCGGCGAGUGUGCCUACCCAUGUGCCAACUUCGGUGGUAACGGCUGGGGCGGCCAAGAUAGGGCAGCCAUCGUUUGGAGGAGGGUGGGAUAUCCGCAGCCUUUUCUUGUUUGCCGCGGUGCUUCUCGGGGUAGCAGUGCUGGUUGAAUGA